GGACUGUCGGGCUGAAGCUGAAAACGAUAACGUCCGUAUGCAAUGGAAUUUCCCGCCAAUCACCGAUUGACAGACGCCGUUUAAGCUUCCUAAUAUCAGCUUAUGACAUUUAGCCUCAUAAGGCUAAAUGUCAUAAGCUGCCAGAGAUCAUAAGGCUAAAUGUCAUAAGCUGCCAGAGAUGUUACGGUGGGCUCCGGAUACAUUUUUAUCCCGUAUGAUUCUUUACCAUUGCAUUAAAAGCUCCCCGAACGAGCGCAUUUUUGCAUAAUGUCCUCAUAGGCACGUGGCCGGCAAUCGCACCUGCGACCUAGGGCUCGGCAGCAGAACACCACGACCGCUGGUCAUCGCGGUGGCAUUUGGCCCGCGUUGAAGUGGCCCGGAUUGCACGAAGUAAUCCAUCGCCGUAUAGUAGAGCUGCAUCAUCGCAGCCCUAAGUGUCGGUUGAGACAGAACAGAAAUGCCAUGAAGUGGCCCCUAUAAUGCUUUCACAAAACGAACGCGACGCGCUCUACGCCGCCGUUGCGAUAGGAAGCGUUAGGAGCAGCGAGCAAGUGUUUUAUCUCCCGCGCGUGCGUAAUGCGGCAAUUUGUUUACUGUUCUUGCGCUACCCUUAAGAUAACGUCGUCACGGCCUUGAAGCCACAGUUCGUCUCUGCCGUGUAUACCCAUCACUCAAGUGACAUCCUGCAAAGGUCCUUGCAUGCGAGUGAGCUUCUCCUGCGCCCGAUCUGCUGGCACCUGCAGCUCUCUGAACUCGAGCAUGCCAUUGCCGUGCGUUGACAUUUCUGCUGCCACGUGUGUAUAAGCGAGUUGAAUGCACUGUGACCAUACCGAGAACACCGUGCUUCUCCUGAAGCAACUGGCUCCGAUGCACCGCAAUUAACUUGACACGUCGGAGCCAUGUGCUACGUGCUGACGAGACGGGGUAACUUCCCGAGUCCGGUUCUUCCCUUUCUCCUGGCCGGCAUCGCAGCGCUUGCUACCGCCAGCGGAAGCCGGAUUCGAGUCUCUACUCACGACCUGGAAUGGAAACUUGGAGAUUCGUCGAGCUUUCAAGUAUUUCUCGACCCACCGCUGAACGAGACGCUGUUUGUGAGCCUGGUCGCGUCCAAGGGCGAGGACCUGCUGGCCGACUCUGCGGGUCGUCACGUGAUUACACCGGGAUCAGAGGGUGGCAUCUGGCUCAACCUGACCGCGCGGAAGGCCGGCUACGCCAUAAUCCACCUCAACGCGUCACUGUCUGACGUCGAUUCCAGCGACGCCUUCGUGCGCAUCAGCGUCCUCCGUCUGGGCUGGCUCAACGUGCUGAGCGCAGUGUUCGGCUGGUUCUACUUCAUCGCCUGGUCGAUCUCCUUCUAUCCGCAGAUAUACCUCAACUGGAAGCGCAGAAGUGUGGUUGGCUUGAGCUUCGACUUCAUCGGCCUCAACCUAACGGGUUUCUUGGCGUACUCCUUCUUCAACCUUGGCGUCUACUGCAGUCCCGUCGUUCAGAGCGAGUACUACUCGCGCCACCCUAUGGGAGUGCUGCCAGUCGAGGUGAACGACAUCGUGUUCGGCCUGCACGCCUCGCUGGCCACAUUGAUCACGGUGCUCCAGUGCUUCUUCUACGAGAGGAAGGACCAGCGCAUGUCCCUGGCGGCCCGGGCGCUUCUAGGCAUCGUGUGGGUCGGCGCAGCGCUCUACGGCGUGAUCACGCUUACGGCAGGCCGCCACUGGUCCAGCCCGUGGCUCUUCUACCUCUACUACUUUUCCUACUGCAAGCUCGUCAUCACGCUGGUGAAGUACAUCCCGCAGGCCAUUCUCAACUUCAGGAGAAAAUCUACGAUUGGCUGGAGCAUCGGGAACAUACUCCUCGACUUCACCGGUGGAACCCUGAGCAUGCUGCAGAUGUUUAUCAUCGCCUAUAAUUACGAUGACUGGUCGUCGCUGUUUGGGAACUUCACCAAGUUUGGCCUUGGCGUGAUCAGCAUCAUGUUCGACGUGCUGUUCAUGCUGCAGCACUACGUCUUCUAUCCCAAUGGCAACAAUGCGCUCAAGAAAGUGCCCCACGACGAACUUUAGGCACAGCCCGCGACUGGCAGCCUUCCGCCCUUCAUUACAUAUGCAUACGUACAUUGCGUCGCUUUACAUGUGCCCUCCCUUCCGUAGAAAAAGAAAAAUAAGGACUGUUGGACGUUUGUUUCAACUGUCUUGUGCUAUAUAUGAGACCGAUUGCUGAAACAUUUCUUUUUCUUUCUAUCUCUCUCGUGCGAUAUAUCCUAUCAUGUGUGAAGUUUAAACGAAGUUGUGAUACUUGGGUUUUAAAUUUUUGGAAUCAUAAACAUCAUACGGAGCUCGGCUCAUGUGGUGCUCGUUUUCGAAGAGCCCCUCUCAAUUCUUUUCUUUUUUCGUAUUUCAAUACAAACCUGCAGGUAACUGAACCUGUGCAAGAAACAACGAAUAUUCGUAACAAAAGUGUGAUAACACGGAACCUUUCGCAGCUCUCUACUCAAUUCCGAAGAGUGGAUGUGCUUUUUUUUUUUUCGCGCUGUCCCGCAAGAACAUUUUAUCGUUGUUUUCAUUUUUUCCUCCUUGACGUACGACUCUUCUCCCGCACAACAGCAGAGAUCUCGAGCUCAUUUAUGUAUUUGUGUCGUCGAUUGCGAAAGUGCAGACACGGAGUGUCUCGCGAAUGUUCCUUUACUAUUCGUGUAAAUCUUGUAUACGUUAUGUACUGUACGCGCCGUUGGUGAAUAUAACACGGUUUCGAGAACAGUG